GACGUCAUCAGACAGGUCUUCAUGAGGCACGCAGUUGCACGCUAUAAAAAUAAUGUCCACAAGAUGAGGAACAUGGAGUCCAAGCACAUCUCUGUGAGCCAGAAUAUCUGGGACGAGUGGAAUGCAUUCUGGUGCUUAGAGGAUGCGAAGAAGAAGUUUCUGACCGCCCGAGCUAAUCGGAUGAGCGAGCCGGCGGGCGCCGGCUCUGAGCCUGUUCUCCAUACAAGGGGAUCCCGCUCAGCCCUCAAGCAUAUAGAUGUCAUGGCUAAGGAGCUCGGCCCCAAGCCGAGCGCAGUGGAAUUGUAUAGUCGGCUUCAUCAGAAGAAAGCUAAUAAGAGGCUUGUUGACAAGCGGGCUCAGGAUAUGACUGACGCGAUCGUUCAAAAACUUGCUGCUGCGUCUCAGACGGCACUCGGAGAGGAUUCCUCGAGUCCAGCGAAUGUUGACGAGACCCGGAUAUUUUUGGACAUCGAGGGCGUCAACAACAAGCAUCCCCUGUACGGGUUUGAUUCUGCGACUAGUAGGUACGCGGCCACGAGUAGUAGGGCACGUGGCAGCUCCUCGCGUUCACAGCAGUCAGACCAGAAGGUUGAUCACAGAGUUGAGAAGCGGAUGGUCGUGUUGGAGCGUCAGGUUGAGGAGCGGAUGGCCGCACUAGAGCGUCAGUAGAAGGCCGACGAGGAUGAGCGGAUGGCCGCUAUUGUCCGUGCAGAGCUUGCAAAGAUGAUGCCUAACCAUCCUGCUGAGUUUUGCCCACAGCAUCCCCCAUCCCUGCCAGACGAUGAUAACGCUACGGCUCUUUAGUGUGUGUUUAGCUUUUAUAUCCGUACAGUUUAUGUUUUUUUAGCACUUUACACAUUUACAUUUUAUGUAAACUUUGAUACAUACAUACAUAUAUAG